GUUAUAUAACAAUAUAAAUCGUCUUACUUCAUAUUAUCUCAAAUACUGUUAUCACAGUCAUCAAUUGAACAAUGAUACUAACAGUGUGAAUAGCUCAACUGUUUAUUUGUUUGAAAAUUACCUGUUUCUUUUAUAACAGGGUUGCUAAAUGCUUGGUUGGAACAAAUGGAUUCUGUAUUGUUUAACACUGUUCAACACCCUUUAUUGGAUCUCUGGAUGCAUAGCGUUAAGCAAUGGAAUUUAUGAAUUCACCUACAGUGAUUAUUAUUUCCUGAGAGGAAAAUAUGCUCUUGCUUUAUUUAAUGGAUCCUAUGUAACAUGUACAUGUGGAUUAUUUAUCCUUAUUACUAGUCCAUUAGGAUGGGCUGGAAUUCUGUCAAAAUCAAGGAGUUUGUUAGUACUGUUCUGUAUAAUACUAGUACUUAAUGGAAUCUGUUUAUUGGGCUGUGGAAUAUGGUCAUCAAAGUAUUCUGAAAAUAAUUAUUUUGAAUUGGAAGAAAUGUUUAAUAGAUUAUUGAAAAAUUACGAUGAAAAACGUUUAAUGGUCAAUGAAGAUACCAAAUUCUUUAAUUAUCUCCAGUAUAAACUUGAUUGCUGUGGUAAAUUAAGCGUUAAAGAUCUAUCAGAUCACAAACCACUUUUAGCAUGUGGAUUAAAAGCUGCUGAAAAGAAAGGUUGUUUGCUUAAACUCAUUGGUUUAACAAAAUCAGGACAAUUUCGUACUGCUCUUAUCAGUUUCUGUAUAGCAGUUUGGCAGUUUUUGGGCAGCAUACUUUGUUCACUGUUCACCUGUACUAACCGGAGUCACAAUUAUCAUCAUGAACAGAAAAAAAGGAUCUCGAAGGCAAGAUUGAUGACAGCAUAAGGGAAAAGAAAUUGAAAAUAAAAUUGACAAGGAAAUGAAUUAAGAAAACGAAAGAGGAAUAUGUUGACAAGAUGGAACAUAAUUUACAUCAGAUGUUAGCGUAUGCGUGCGUACGCACAUAUGUGCUAGUUUAUAAAUGAAUAGAUAAAGUAAAUGAGCUAAAACUAACCAAAUAGAAUCCUUUUGAAAAUUUUUUUGCAAUUAAAAUGGUUUUAAUUAUUUCAGUGUGAG